GUGAUGGGGGGCAUCAAACUAAAGAUCAGUCGACUGGUAGAGAGUGAAGCCCGCCAAUUCUUGCCAAAAGCGCACCACUUUAUCAGACACCUUCGCACUUGUACAUCAACAACUAUGAGCGAAGCACUGAAAGCCCUGGAGAACGCGUCGCGUCGCGAGCUGCAGGCACUGGCCAAGGAACUACAGUUAUGCAGGGGAAACGCUAAGUCGGACGUGAUCCUAGGCAAUGCCAUGGAAUUCCUAGAUAAGCACCCCAAAGAUGGCGAGCAGCUGGUGUUGGCUGCACUCGGUAGUAGGGGCAACGUGACUCCCGUGGCCAAGAAGGCCACGCCCAAGAAGGAAACUCCGAAGAAGAAGGAGAAGGCGGCAAAUGCUAGUGUCAAGGUGGAUACGGACGUUAAGGACACCAAGAGCAAAAAGCAGCAACCGGUGGAAGAGCCGGAGGAGGUGGAGUCAAAGACGCCAGAGAAGAAAUUGACGACGAAGAAGGCGGUACCAAAGGAAAACAAGAAGUCCAAAGCGGCAUCAGCUACAGCUACCUCAAAGCCUACUACUGCAUCGCCUGCUAAGAGUCAUAAGACCAACUCUAAGGCUUCACCUUCGACUAAGAAAUCCCCCACUAGCAAAACUGAGCCUUCGUCUACAGAGAAUAAGAAAAUUGCGGCCAAAAAGGAGGAAUCUGUUAGUAGCAAGAAACCUGCACUGGUCAGCAAGAAGGCGGAGAUCAAGGCGCGUAAGGCUGUGGAAGCACUGGUGAAAUCAGUGACGGACUUGACGUUUGUUGGCGACUCCCGCGUACGCUGCUCCACUACGGGCCAUGAGAUGAAGGCAGAUGUGGACAUUAUCAACACGUACAUCCAUGGCAAGCGCUACCUGAAGGCUCGUAACCUCAAGCUCUCGUUUGCAAAGUACGCGCCGAUGUUUGUGGACCAUCCGGAGGAGUCCAAGCCGGACAUGUUGUGGUGUAACGUGACAGAGUUGGCCAUUGCUCGCGACGAGAAGAGUGUCAAGAAGCACAUGGUUGCCCCCAAGUACCAGAAGCAGCUGCCGAUUUGGAAAGAGGAGGAGGUUGCGAAGAAGAAGGCCGAGGAGGAGGAGGCUCAACGUCGGGCAGCUCGCAUCGAGGCCGCUAAGAAGAGGAGGCUUGAAGCUGCCAAGGAAGACGGCGAUGCUGUGGAAAAUGAGCGACCAGCCAAGCGAAAGCGCACAACACCAAGUAAGUAGAAACCUGUUUUGGUAUCACGGAAGUUUGUGUGCAUUUCAAUAGAUUCCCAUGUUCAUACGACAUCAA